GUAAGUAAAGUUCGGGUCUGCAUAGCCGAAGGAGGGCAUAAUGGUGUGUUGUAUGGAGGAAUCGCGAGGCCCUCUCUGCGGCGCAUUGCUCACCACACGGAGAGACUUUUCAUCUCAGUCUUCUCGCAGUUGUUGAGUCAAACGCAGCAGGCAGUGUUGUGGGAUUUUCUAACGGCAGGCAUAGUGUGAGAGUCAGCAGAGAGAGAGAGAGAGAGAGAGAGGAAUACUUACAAACUCUCUUUCAACAACAACAAAAAAAUCAUAAUACAAAAUUCAUAUCAUUUUGAAAAAAAAAAAAAACUUUUUUUCACUGCCUCGCAAGUUAAUAGAACAACAUCGCGCAAGCACAAAUACAUUGAUAUCAAAUGGGGGCCCAUUGAGGUUCUUGUAAGAUGUGUAGGUGUGUGAGUGAGUGAGAAUGAGUGAAAAAAAGAGAGAUAUAAAAUCAAACUCACUUGAUAAAUAAGCUCUAUAAACAUAUUUACUUGCGAUUAAAGCCAGUCAGUGGAUUUUUGCACUACAAACCUCCUCGUUGUGCUCCAAUAUUGGCGUGUUUUGCAGGUGAAAAAAAAACUAUCUUACUAGAUUUGAAUUUAAAAAAAAUCUUCAUUGAAAAGUUGUUUGAAAAUAAUUCACAACACACGCACUUUAUGGUGACCCUGUGUGUGCUUGAUGAAAUUUAAUCAUUUAGCACACAAUUUAAAAAAAAAAGAAAUCUUUCCGUGAAAAGUUCUUGAAAAUUUGGCAAGUUUGCAGAAAAGUUAAAAUAAAAUUCAAUUUUUAAGAAAAAAAUUGAAACUUUAAAAGAAAGUCUUGAAGAUUUUGCUAAAGAAAAAAAAUUGAAUUUAAUAAAAAAUCUGCAAAGUGGAGAAUUGAGUGAAAAGUAGCAUAUAAAACGGAUUUUUACGACUCAUCAAACUCUUUUGCUUUGGUGUGACGUGUACUGGUUUGUGUGCAGAAAGAAAAAUUCCCAACUUCUUUUUUUAAAAAGAUUAUUUUCCUCUCAAAUACCAUUGGAGGCAAUAUAAAAGAUUUAUGAAAAAAUAAUAUAAAAUUCAAUGUUUAGAUGAAAAAAGAAGCAACAUAAAUUAUGUGGAUUCAACUUGGAGUCAAAGUGAAAUUGCAGUUAUAUACAUAAAUAUUGGAAAAGUGCUUGCAAGUGACAUUAAUUAGAAUAUUUUAUUAUAAAAGGAGAGAGAAAAGUGCUGAAAUUGCGCAUUAAAAGUUUUUUUUCUUAACUUGCGAUUAAUGGAAUAAAAAGAGAGUGAGAGAGAAAGAGAGACUUCUUGUAUUGUAAAAACGACAAACAUAAUAAUUUAAGAAGUUAAACACACACUACCAUGGUGUUGGUGUGACCUGUAGCUGUGUACGUGAAGUUGCUGCUACAACGGCAGCAGAAAAAAAAAGAAAGAAAAACGAGAAAGACUUGAGAAAAACAGCACAUCAAGUGAAAUUAAAAUUAUUACUACAUUUUACAUGUAAUGGAAGUGAAGGCAUUUGGACCUCCAACCGCCUACCAUGGACCAUAUACAUUCUUCAAUCAGGUGCAAAUUAUUUCCUUUGUGCCAUCCACAAGUGGUGCAGCAUCACCACCGCCACAGGGAUUAAAUCCUUCGCCAAUUUUUGCGCAGGAUCCCACCACGAAGCAUUCACAGCAAAAUAACAAUAUAACGACACGCAGAAAGAAUGCCGUCCGUCGAUGUGAUGCCGUGGUGGCAAGUGAGGAGAAUCGCCGGAUAUCAGUGCUUAAGCUGGGCGACUGUAUCCCCGUGCGUCCGUGGAGUGAUCAGCAAAUUGUGUGCCUCGCAGAGAUUCGUAUGGUGUGGCGGGAUCGCAAUGAGCAGUGCCUCCUAAUUGGGUUGCGGCUGUACUUUGUACCCGAAAAUACCCCAAUGGGGCGCACAACACAUGGGGAGGAUGAAGUUGUUGCCAUUUCGGAUCGUGUUGUAAUUAAGGGGGAUGAUCUCCUUUCGUGGCUCGAUGCGAGUCUCCAGUGGAAUUGGGGUUUUCGCAUUGACAGAUCCACCCAACACAGCCACAUGCCCCGUGAUGAGGGCACCGCUGUGCCUUGUGUCGCUGUAAUUAGCUUCUCCAAGUACUGCCGCUUUCGUGCCCUCAUGAAGCGUAUGGAGAACAUUGAGAAUGAAUGGCUCAAGAGGAGUCUCAUAGAGGCACUCGGGGGUAAUGCCGUGGAUCCCACGUGUAGUCGUAUUGUCUUCUGCCGCGAAACAUUUGACUACCCCGAAUUGGAGACGCAUGAAUUGCUGUGCAAUCAUUUGGCGCCAAAAUUGAAAGGACGACCACGUGGGAGGAGGAAGAAGACAUCCGGGUCAGAGGGUCAUCAGGGUGGUAAAUAUGGGGAUACGAGUGAUUCGGAAUCAGCGGCUGAGUCUGAGUCUUCCAGUUGUUCCUCGAAGAUGAAUUACGCAAAGGCCAAGCUUGAGGUACAACACCUGAGGUAUAGUCAGAGGAGUCAGCGGGUACGACUGAAAACGGAACAGAGUACCGAAGUACCGGAGAACGAUGGGGAGAUAAGUGAGGAAAAGCAAAAGGCAAUGAAGGAGAAAGAAAGGAAAUUCCUUAUGGAACUUCAUCAAUUUAUGGCCGAGAGGAAGACUCCCAUUUCGAAGGUUAUGUGGCUGAGCUUGAGGCGAGUAAAUCUGUACGACAUUUACACAAGAGUACAGGAAUUUGGGGGCUAUGAGACGGUGAGUGUUAAUCGUUUGUGGAAGGCACUGAAGAGGAAUAGUCCCGGAUUGACACACAACAAGUACGAGAAGGUACUGCUGCCAUUUGAGCUGCAUCAGCGAAGCCUCCAGGAAGCUGAGGAAGCGUGCAAGAGGGAAAAGCUCGAAUCGGAAGAGGAUGAGCGUGGCAAAGAAGAUUCAGCACCAAAUGGGCAGAUUGUGGGUUCACAGAAGACCAUAAAGGUGGAAAAGGUUGAGCCGGAGCUGAGUAAGGAGCAAAUGACAGAGAUUCAGAAUAAAGUGAAGGCCAAGGAGCAGAAGCAGCAUCAACAGCAGGGAAAGGAGUGCCAGAAGAUGCAGGUAUCGGUGCCGGUCACCGUCAUUGUUGGAUCAACUCCUGGGCAUGAAGAAGUGAAAACCACAACAUCAUCAAAGCAGAUACAAAUUCAACAACCACGCACCACAAUCACGGUCCAUCAGACAACAAUUCACCCACAGGUGUCAGGUAGUGGCAAUACGACGAAGAGUAGCAGUCAGCAGAUUACCAAUCAAAUUCAGAUUACAAAUGAGAUUAAGAUUCAGCAGAUAACACUGCCCAAGGGGGCAAAAUCCAGCGAUUCAAGUGAUAAUGGCGAUGAGCACGGGAGUGCAAAGGGCCUCCGGCAUAUACGUGUAAAGUCAAAUGGGCGAAAAUUCCCGGAAAAUGUCCCAACGAUUGAUUUACGCGACAGCGAUGAAGAGGUGAUGAUUAAUCCGAGAGUUAGUGCCAUGUACCCACCCAUACGUAAGAGGAAAUUGGAUAUUUUACGUGAAGGUGGCUUGGAGGUGACACCCAUUAGGUCCAGGGAUCCCAUUCCACCGCUUAAGCAGCCACGCAUGGAGGCACGAAGUGAGCAGAGGGAGCAGCAGCAAAGUGUCUUCCGGAAGGUUGAGAAUAUUCCCAAAUUCCAGUCAAAAUGCAUGUUUACGCAGUCUGGGAAGAUUUUUGGGAAUCCCAAGGAGAAUGUUUCACAGCGUGCCACGAGUGUGGGUGGUGGUGGUGGUGGUAGUAGCAGCAGUACGACUGAGGUGUUGGAUUUAACGGCCAAAAAGGGAAGCAGUGAGAUUGGACGUAGUGGGAGGAAUCAUCAUAUGGGGAAUUUAGCGAGUAUCGUACCAAAUUUCCCGGCUCUUGCUAAUCCCAAUCUCAUGAUAUCCUUCGUGCCACCUGCUAUGCCCAAUUUAAAUGACAAUAAGGCAGCACUAAAUUAUGGGAAUUUCUUGCCACAUAUGCUCGCUGAGGCGGCCAGAAUGCCAGGAUUUGGACUACCGGUAGCACCCCCAGGUGGUGGUGGUGGUGCCCCAACGCAUCCACCUCUAAAUUUCCCUCAACUACCACCGGGGCUAACUAUUGCCAAUCUGGCUGAACUCAAUGCAGCCAACAUGAAUCCCUACCUAAUGUCCUACAUGUAUGGCUCGGAGGGAUUCCUACGACCACCAUUCUUUGAUGCUACGAGCAAAAAUGGCAAAUAAGCCAACAUCGUGUCCAUAUUAUGCUGUGAUACGACGCUAUAUAAAUGGAGGGUUUGUGCAACACUCCUCACCGCCCCCAAUGCCGCAAAAUUUGGUUUCCAAAAGAAAAGAAAAUGAGUAAACCACCCAAAAUAUUCGUACGUGUUUUGUCCGUGAUGAAUUAAUAUAAAUGAAGAAAAAAAUACAUCUAGCGUAGAAAUUCUGUGUGCUUAUUGGGAAGAUAAUAUUCUUUACAAUCUAAAGAUUAAAAAAUAAAUAAAAUGAUGAAUUAUAAAAUACAAAAAAAAUCAUGUAUAAGUGGAAUUUAUGAAGUAACAUAAAUCUUUGUUUCAUACAUCAUUAUUCUAAAUGUAAUAAUUGUGGAAAAAAAUGUGAGGAAUUUUUUUUGAAGAAAAAAAAAUACAAAGAAAGUAAA